ACUAGGAUCAACAUAACACCGUCAUUUCUCAUCGAAUGUAACCUCGAAAGAUUAAAAGAACGUUGUAGAAUUCUUAACCAGCUGUUGCAGAGUAAUAACUUGUUAAAUUAUCUAAUAAUACAAGGCGAAUUUCGUGUAAGAUUGACACAUCAAAUACAUAUUUUGCGUGAGGGAUUAUUCGUUCGAACGCGUUGUGAAAUUGUAGCUGUUAGUUGUCUACCACGAUAACUUUUAAUCUGGCUUAUAGAUCGUGGAUUGUACACCUAAAUAAGGAAACCAUAUUGGCAAAAUUAUGGAUGAAAAUGGACGUUUAACAAGUCAGGAAUUGUUUAAAGUUAAAUUAUCGCUUUCUUGUCUUUCGAAUCGUGUCACUGUUUGCCCUGUACAAGCUAAACUGUAUUUGUUGAAAGGUGAAACAUGGAACCAUUUUAAAACCGGAGUUGCUGCUGUUAUUUUUAAUACUGGGGAAAGUGGGGACAGAAAUCCAAAAGGGGUCAAGCUUUGUUUAGUCGAGCUAGAAAGUGGCUUCGCAUCGUGGAAUGAAGAUUUGUCUGAUAAUUCGCAGUACAAAGCACAGGACACGAAGUUUCAUACGUUGAUGCUACAAAAUAAUAAUGGUGCUAAUAUGGCCGGCUUACAAUUUGAGGACGAAGGAGCUGCUUCGUUGUUUCUUAAAGAAAUUAUCGACUCUAUUGAGGAGCUAAAGUCUUCAAAUAAUACGCUAGAAUUGAGCAAACUUGAAAUAAGCUCUCGGAAGGAGAAGGCUAAAAAAUUUCGCAAGCUAAAGAAAAGUGAAAUUUCAACUCCAUGUCUUUUCACACAUGUAACGAACAUCAGUUCGACACAGGCCGACAGUUUAGACGAACCCGAAAGCCCCGAUUCGUUUGAAAGUAGAAGUGGAUCUACCUCCGCCAGAAGCAGCGAUAAAAUGAAGCGUUCUUUUAGUUUAUCGAAAAGAAGAUAGAUCUGAAAGAUUCUCUGUCAAAUGACAACGUGUCCAGUAAACCAAUUGUAGCAAAUUAGUCUGGGCGAAUUUCGGUUAUUUGAACACCAGCACUAGCAUCACAAAAUCAGAUACUGCCCCAAGACUAUUUCUCAAUAAUAAGUCAUGUUCACAGUCUAGUUUAUUACACAAAUCACCAAUUGCUAGUGAAAAUCGAGCCCAGAAUACACGAAGUGACCCUUAUUAUUCUUCGACAUUAGGAAGUAAUUAGUUGCAAUUGCGUAUUGUAUAUUAUAUUAAAUUUGAGUUAAAAUCUCGUGAAAUUCUGGGGAAUCAUCCUUGAAAACUAUGCGUAUAAUAUAUGUAAUGUUAUUUUUAUUAGAAAUCCUUUCGAAAGCUAAAAAUAUGAAUGAUUUUGAACUAAGCUUGUAUAUUUAUAUGUUUAUGUUUUUAACAAAUAUAUCAAGCUGGGUUGAAUGCUCAUUUAGUUACAAAUCAAAACAUAGACUUAGACCUUCUAGAAUAUUUGAUAUUUUGCUGAAAGCAAGAAUAGUCUGGGGUUUCUUAAGUUUAUUUUACAACAGAAUUUCUAAAUUUUAAGUUGAUGUCUCCCAUUGGAAUUUAAUAUGGCAUCCUAUCAGCCCAAGAAUGCAUUCUCUUAAGCUAUUAACCAAUCAAAUUGGGGAUUAAGAUUUUAUGAUUACACUUGGAAUAACAAACAUUUGGUUAGAUCAGAUUACAAACUGGACAAGUCAUAAAACCUAGACACAGUAUUACUGUUUGUUAAUUAAUGUACUAUAUGUUUUUAGCAAAUCUAUGAAAAAAUGUAGUUUUAUAUAAAUUUCUUUCAAAAAGAAAGUUCAUAUUAUUUUAUGGAAAAAUUUGAAGUAUGGGGAAAAUAGAUUGAAUGGUUUUUGUUUAGCUACAAAGGUCGAUGAUUUGAUAUUAUGAUUGCCCAAUUUCAUGCUAGCUAAUGCAU